ACUGUGGGGGUAUUUUUAACGGGUGACAUUGGGGCGAAAGCGAUGAGCUCUGGGGUUAUUUUUAGGCAGGGGCUGGGGCAGCUGCUGAAAACGCCAUGGCCCUGUGGCGGCUGGGAUCCUCGGGCCAGCGGGAGAGGUCAGCUGCCGCAGCCCAGAUUCUCCACGGCUGUUUCAUCCUCUCCAAAAUACUCGGCUGACAGGGCAGGAAUUGCAAAACACAGCCUCCCCCCUCCCAAAGCCGUAUAAAUAGCGCUCGCCCGGCGGCUGGAAGGUUACAGAAGUUUCUCGGCUCCGAGCUCAAGCAUUUAUUGCGGCUCUCACCCGGGAGCGGCGGGGAAGCUGCACCGUGAUUGUAGGAGAGAGAGGGGAGAGAUAAGCUUUUAAUCUUGGGAUAUUCGUGUUUGUUUGUUCUUUUUUCCUUCUCCAGCCGAGAAGUUUUAUUUUCCACCACCCGAUCCCUGGGACUGAAGCCAACCAGGAAGUUUUUUUUUUUUUUUUUUUUGGUCCAGAGAUCUCCUCCGUCCUUCCUGCACUUGCUUUUCAAGCACCGAAUGGUUCAGCCCUGAAUCGGGGUUCCUCCAUCGCCCUCCGCCUGGUGCCAGGGAGGGAGCAGCCCCCACCGCGCCCGCCCGAGCCCCCGCCCGCGUGGAUGCGCCUGCCCCGGGCCGGGCUCCCCGGGGAAUUUUGCAGCCAGGAGCAGCCCCACUGAGGCUCCGUGAGCCCCGAGCCGCUGGAGCGGCGAGCCAUGGCCGACAGCCAGCUGCCCUUCUCCUGCCAUUACCCCGGCAGGCGAAGCGUCCGCGACCCUUUCCGGGAGCCCGGCUUGACCUCACGCCUCCUGGACGAUGAUUUCGGCAUGUCGCCCUUCCCCGGGGACCUGACGGCAGACUGGCCCGACUGGGCUCGGCCCCGGCUCACCACCACCUGGCCAGGCCCGCUGCGUGCCGGCAUGGCCCGCGCCUCCGCCAUGGCCCCCGGCUACGGCGCCCGCUUCGGGGGGUACCCCGAGAGCCGCAGCCCCGUGCCCGCGUCCCGCGAGCCCUGGAAGGUGUGCGUCAACGUGCACAGCUUCAAACCCGAGGAGCUGACGGUCAAAACCAAGGACGGCUACGUCGAGGUGUCAGGCAAACAUGAGGAGCAGCAGGUGGAAGGAGGCAUCGUCUCCAAGAACUUCACCAAGAAAAUCCAGCUGCCCUACGAGGUGGAUCCCAUCACCGUCUUUGCCUCCUUGUCGCCGGAGGGGCUGCUGAUCAUCGAGGCACCCCAGAUCCCCCCAUACCAGCAGUACGGUGAGGGUGGCUGCGGCAGUGAGAUCCCCGUGGAGAGCCCCGAGGCCACCUGUGCCUGACGGCCCCCCCCGCACCCUGGCGGCCUCCUCUCUGCUCCCCGCUCCCCCCCGACCCCGCUCCCCGGUCCCCAGCGGGGUGGCCACUGGGCACAGCCUCUCCUGCUCGUGGGGACGGCAGCGCCCGCUGCUCCCCGGGACCAGCUGCCACGGCCACCAGGCCACCGUCACUGCGGUUUUGCGGCGGUCUGAUGCUCUGGUAGAGGGUUUUGUGUCCGUCAGACCGGGCAGAACGGGUGUCCUCGUUACAGUCCUUUUUUUUUUUUUUUUUUUUUUUUUUUGCUGUAAGGUGAGCAGGCGGGAUGUUUGUAAUGGUAGCAAAAAAGUGCCCUUUUCUCCUCUUAAAUUGAAGUAGAAUCCCGUGGUCCUGUGUCGUCGUCUUCUCUGUUUUUUUUUUUUUUUUUUUGAACUCCAUCUCCACAAACGGCCCCUCGCCAGCACGAAGGCACGUGUCCAGUGGCGGGGGCCAACAGCAUAUCCCUGCCCCCCGACAGCCAAACCCCCACCGGACCUGCUGAGAAAUGUAAACUGUCUGCAUGUUUGAACAUUUUUUUUUUCUUUUUCCAAAGAGAACUUGUGCUUUUACUUUUCAGACUUGAAGAAUAAAGAUGAGUUGAUGUUCUUA